CCGCGCGAUGAGGUCACAGUGGUUCCGCCCUCACCCCUCCGGGUUCCCGAGUUCCUGAGUCUUGAGCGUCGGCAACCGUAGUGACGCGUAUUGCCCGGAGGAUGGCGGACGCCGGCUUGCGCCGCGUGGUUCCCAGCGACCUGUAUCCCCUCGUGCUCGGCUUUCUGCGCGAUAAUCAGCUCUCGGAGGUGGCCAAUAAAUUCGCCAAGGCAACAGGCGCUACCCAACAGGACGCCAACGCCUCUUCUCUCUUGGACAUCUACAGCUUCUGGCUCAACAGGUCCACCAAGGCCCCGAAGCGGAAGUUACAGGCAAAUGGACCAGUGACUAAGAAGGCUAAGAAGAAGACUUCAUCCAGUGACAGCAGUGAGGACAGCAGUGAGGAGGAAAAAGCCCAAGGACCUCCAGCUAAGAAAGCUGUUGUACCUGCCAAGCGGGCCAGUUUGCCUCAGCAUCCUGGAAAGGUUGCAGCCAUAGCAUCAGAGAGCAGUAGCAGUGAAGAAUCCAGUGAUGAUGAAGAGGACAGUGACAAGAAGAAAAAGCCUGUUCAGAAGGUAGUUAAGCCCCAACCCAAGGCAGUCAAAGCUCCUCCUAAGAAGGCCGAGAGCUCUGAUUCCGAUUCAGACUCAAGCUCAGAAGAUGAGUCACCAAAGAACCAGAAGCCAAAGACAACACCUGUGGCAGCUAAAGCUCAGACUAAAGGCUCAGCCAAACCAGGUACCCCAGGCCGGCUGGCGUCUAAGCUAGCCAACGGUGAGGUGGCCGCCCGCGAGAGCAGCAGCAGCAGCGAGGACUCGGAGGCGCCGGCGGCCGCGCCGAAGAAGAUUUUCUGUAUGAUGCAGACUGUACCUAAAAAGCAAGUUGUGGCCAAGGCCGCAGUGAAAGCCACAGCUGCCCCUCCCCAAAAGAGUUCCAGUAGUGAGGACUCCUCCAGUGAGGAGGAGGAGGAGGAGGAGGAGGAGGAAGAGCAGAAAAAACCUAUGAAGAAAAUGCCAGGUCCCUAUAGCUCAGUCCCUCCGCCUUCUGCUGCCCUAUCCAAGAAGUCCCUGGGAACCCAGGCUCCCAAGAAAGCUGCAGAGAAGAAACAGCCUGUGGAGAGCAGUGAGGACAGCAGUGAUGAGUCUGAUUCAAGUUCUGAGGAAGAAAAGAAACCCCCAGCUAAGGCAGUCAUCUCUAAAGCAACCACUAAACCAGUUCCAGCAAAGAAAGCGGCAGACAGCUCUUCAGACAACUCAGACUCUGACAGUUCUGAGGAUGAAACUCCUUCCAAGCCAGCCAGUACCACCAAGAAUCUACCAAGUAGGCCGGUUGCCACUCCCAAGCAUCCUGCAGCUAAACCAGCCACAGCUCCCAAGCAACCUGCAGGUAGUGGCCAGAAGCCUCUCACCAGAAAGGCUGAUAGCAGCUCCAGCGAGGAGGAGAGCAGUUCUAGUGAAGAGGAAAAGACAAAGAAGACUGUGGUCACCCCCAAGUCCAAGGCAGCCGCCAAAGCAGCUCCAUCUUUGCCUGCCAAACAGGCCUCCCAGGGUGGUGGGGACAGCAGCUCUGAUUCAGAUAGCUCUAGCAGUGAGGAAGAAAAGGAAGAGAAAACGUCAAAAUCUCCAGUUAAAAAGAAGCCACAGAAGGCAGCAGGAGUUGUAACCUCUUCCAAGGCAGCUUCCACAAAGAAAACAAAGGCCGAGAGCAGCAGCAGUUCUUCCUCUGAUGAUUCCAGUGAGGAAGAAGAGGAGGAGAAGCCCAAGGGCAAGGGCACUGUAAGGCCACAAGCCCUCAAGACCAAUGGGACCUCUGCACUGACUACCCAGAAUGGAAAAGCAGACAGGGAUAGCGAUGAGGAAGAAGAAGAAAAGAAAAAGGCAGCAGUGGCAGUUUCUAAGCCAGGUUCAGGAAAGAAGCGGAAGCAGAGUGAGGCUGCGAAGGAGAUAGAGACUCCUCAAGCCAAGAAGAUAAAGCCCCAGACCCCCAACACAUUUCCAAAAAGGAAGAAAGGAGAAAAAAGGGCAUCAUCCCCAUUCCGGAGGAUCAGGGAGGAGGAAAUUGAGGUAGAUUCUCGAGUGGCAGACAAUUCCUUUGAUGCCAAGCGGGGUGCAGCUGGAGACUGGGGGGAGCGCGCCAAUCAGGUUCUGAAGUUCACCAAAGGCAAAUCGUUCCGGCAUGAGAAAACCAAGAAGAAGCGGGGCAGCUACCGGGGAGGCUCCAUCUCUGUCCAGGUCAAUUCCAUUAAAUUUGACAGUGAGUGACCUGGGGCCAUCUGUGGUGAAGCCGGCGUGAUGAUCCAAGACCACUUAACUUUCCCAGUGGACCUGGGAAACCCUCAGCUCUAUUAAGAAAGGGUCUUGGUGAGGACAGCAGUUUAGAAUAGGUCCGAAGACUUUGCUUCGUAACAUCCUCUCUCGUCCUUUUCUGUGUUCGUAGUUUUGUACAGAUUUGUUUUUGAGUGUUGAGUAGCAAGGACAACAUAAGGGUCGUGUUCUUUUUUAAGAAAAAGAAAAAUUUUAGUUGUCAUUCCCUCUCCCUGUUCUGUGAAAGUCCUCAUACUAAGAAAUUUGUAUAUUUUAUAUUAAAUCAUUUCCUAUUGAUUUUUGUUGUUAUUUCACAGGUGGGUUCCCACAGAUAAAAUCUUAGCUAUUGCCUAAGACGUAGUAAAGGUCGUCACAUUAUGAGUUUUUAUAAUUGGAGAAUUCUGCCUGUUGUGCACAUUUCAUCCGUCCUACCCCUCACAGCUUUGGGAAGGGGCAGUUAAGAGUGGUAAAUGUAUGUGUUCGCUAAGCAUGCACUGUGUAGUUUAUACUCAUUCAUGGGGUUUAGGACUGAUGUUUUCAGCGAGCAUGGACUUAACUACUUUUUGGGAUAAAAUUUACUUUUGUUACAGGCAAAAUUCUGGUGUAGUGUGAAUGCCAUGCGGUUAGUCUAAAUAUUUUGUUUUCUGUAAUUUUAACAUCUAAUGUUUGCAAUACGUGUUUAGUUUUUUAAUUUGAAAACAUAAACUUUUCUAUUGUUCAAAGACUUUUUUUGAUGACCCUUAAUAGUACUAAAUUGAGGACUGCAUUUCCUUGUUUUUUACAUUUUAGAGAACAAAAUAACUAUGAAAAGUAUAUAUCACUUGGUAUUUCUGUUUUAGUAACUGGUGACACAGAAUUAGUUUCAUUAACUCCUAUGUGGUUGGAAAUCACUGAUCAAGAAGGUGAAAGAAUAAAAACUAUAAUUAAAAACUUCAAUCCUCAGUAGGAAUUAGAUUACAUUAGUCAGGCAAAUUUAUAGGUAACCUGUGUGUGUGCUGAUGGAAAUGGGAAGAACCUUUAUAAAAGCAUAUUAGGAGGUAAAACUCAAGUAGGGUGGGAUUGGGAGAGCAUCCCAACAAGAUUGUUGUGUUUUGUAGUUGGAACAAGGGAGCAAUUGAUGUACCCCUUUCAGAACCUUAAUUGUCAGUAACAGUGGAGGUAACAGUAAAAACCAGUGAGCAGAAAUACAACUCUGAGGCCAAGUCGGCUGAUCAUAAAGCUGUAGGAGAUGACAGUGUUUGGCCAGAGCAAGAUGGGAAGGGAAGAGGCAACAGCAAACUCUGGAGGCUGGGACUGUUCCUGAGCUGGGAAAGUGUGCCCUAGCUUCAUGGAUGAGGGAGGUGUAGGUUUUAAGAUUAGCCUCCUCUUGUUUGGAUUCCGUACUUGCCAAGUAACUUGAUAGUAAGUUGGUUUUCCAUGUAACUGCCUCUAGGAGGAACAUGCACCAUUCAUGCUGACAUAGGUACAUCAGUCUGCAUGGUAAAAGUUAUCCAUCUUACAAAAAAUAAUAAACUGGCUGGUUUAUAACGUG